AUGGACCGCAAGCGGAACAUCCGUAACAUGUCCGUUAUUGCUCACGUCGAUCACGGAAAAUCCACCCUUACCGACUCUUUGGUUUCGAAAGCCGGUAUCAUUGCCGGAGCCAAGGCCGGAGAAACUCGUUUCACCGAUACCAGAAAGGACGAACAAGAAAGAUGUAUUACCAUCAAGUCUACUGCCAUCUCUAUGUUCUUUGAGCUCGAUCGCAAAGAUCUUGAAUUCGUCAAGGGAGACGCUCAGGUUGAGACCGUCGAAGUUGACGGAAAGAAAGACAAAUUCAACGGAUUCUUGAUCAACUUGAUCGACUCACCCGGACACGUUGACUUCUCGUCUGAAGUUACCGCGGCUCUUCGUGUGACUGAUGGAGCUCUUGUUGUCGUCGAUUGCGUCUCUGGUGUGUGCGUCCAGACCGAGACCGUACUUCGUCAAGCCAUCGCUGAACGCAUCAAGCCAAUUCUUUUCAUGAACAAAAUGGACCGUGCUCUCCUCGAACUUCAACUUGGAGCUGAAGAGCUUUUCCAGACAUUCCAGCGUAUCGUCGAAAACAUCAACGUUAUUAUUGCCACCUACGGAGACGACGACGGACCGAUGGGACCAAUCAUGGUCGAUCCAUCUAUCGGAAACGUCGGAUUCGGAUCUGGACUCCACGGAUGGGCCUUCACUCUCAAACAAUUCGCCGAGAUGUACGCUGACAAGUUCGGAGUUCAGGUUGAUAAGCUCAUGAAGAACCUUUGGGGAGAUCGUUUCUUUGACUUAAAAACCAAGAAGUGGAGCAGCAGCCAGUCUGCUGAUGCCAAGCGUGGAUUCAACCAAUUCGUCUUGGACCCGAUCUUCAUGGUUUUCGAUGCCAUCAUGAACAUCAAGAAGGACAAGACCGCCGCUCUCGUCGAGAAACUCGGAAUCAAGCUCGCUGCUGACGAGAAGGAUCUCGAAGGAAAGGCUCUCAUGAAGGUCUUCAUGCGCAAGUGGCUCCCAGCCGGAGAAACUAUGCUACAAAUGAUCACCUUCCAUCUUCCGUCGCCAGUUACUGCCCAAAGAUACAGAAUGGAAAUGCUCUACGAAGGACCACAUGACGACGAAGCCGCUGUCGCCAUCAAGAACUGCGACCCUAACGGACCGCUCAUGAUGUACGUCUCAAAAAUGGUUCCAACUUCCGACAAAGGACGUUUCUACGCUUUCGGACGUGUCUUCUCUGGAAAGGUCGCCACCGGACAGAAGGCUAGAAUCCAGGGACCAAACUACGUUCCAGGAAAGAAGGAGGAUUUGUACGAGAAGACCAUCCAGCGUACUAUUCUCAUGAUGGGAAGAUACAUCGAGCCAAUUGACGAUAUUCCAUCUGGAAACAUUGCUGGUCUCGUCGGAGUUGAUCAAUACCUCGUCAAGGGAGGAACCAUCACCACCUACAAGGAUGCCCACAACAUGCGUGUCAUGAAGUUCUCUGUCUCUCCAGUCGUGCGUGUCGCCGUUGAGGCUAAGAACCCAGCUGAUUUGCCAAAAUUGGUCGAAGGACUCAAACGUUUGGCCAAGUCCGAUCCUAUGGUUCAGUGCAUCUUCGAAGAAUCUGGAGAGCACAUCAUUGCCGGAGCCGGAGAAUUGCAUUUGGAAAUUUGCCUCAAAGAUUUGGAAGAGGAUCAUGCCUGCAUUCCACUCAAGAAGUCUGAUCCGGUCGUCUCUUACCGUGAAACUGUCAGUGCUGAAUCCAACCAGAUCUGUUUGUCGAAAUCGCCAAACAAGCACAAUCGUCUUCAUUGCACUGCUCUCCCAAUGCCAGAGGGUCUUGCCGAUGAUAUCGAGAACGGAACUGUCAAUGCUCGUGACGAAUUCAAGGCUCGUGCCAAGAUUCUCGCUGAGAAAUACGACUAUGAUGUCACUGAAGCUCGUAAGAUCUGGUGCUUUGGACCAGACGGAACUGGACCAAAUCUCUUGUUCGAUGUCACCAAGGGAGUUCAGUAUCUUAAUGAAAUCAAGGAUUCCGUUGUUGCUGGCUUCCAAUGGGCUACUCGCGAAGGAGUUCUUGCUGACGAAAACGUGCGCGGAGUUCGUUUCAACAUUCACGAUGUCACCCUCCACGCUGACGCAAUUCACAGAGGAGGUGGUCAAAUUAUCCCAACUGCUCGCCGUGUGUUCUAUGCUUCUCUCCUUACUGCUUCACCAAGAAUUCUCGAACCAGUGUACUUGGUCGAAAUUCAGUGCCCAGAAGCUGCCGUUGGAGGUAUCUACGGAGUGUUGAACAGAAGAAGAGGAGUUGUCUUCGAAGAAAUGCAAGUCGCAGGAACCCCAAUGUUCGUCGUCAAGGCUCACUUGCCUGUCAAUGAAUCAUUCGGAUUCACUGCUGAUCUCCGUUCCAACACCGGAGGACAAGCCUUCCCACAGUGCGUGUUCGAUCACUGGCAAGUCAUGCCAGGAGACCCACUCGAGCCAGGAACCAAGCCAAACCAGAUCAUCCUUCAGACAAGAACAAGAAAGGGACUUAAGGAGGGUAUUCCAGCUCUUGACAACUAUCUCGACAAGAUGUAA